AUGUCGGCGGCAUGGGUGUGCUCUGUCACUGACUUCACUACGGUGACGGGGUCGAACAAAGGUAUAGGGUACGCGAUUGUUCGGGGACUCUGUAAACAGUUUCCAGGGGACGUCAUAUUAACAGCGCGCAGUGAGGAAAAUGGUAGAGAAUCGGUCAAGAAACUGAAUGAAGAAGGGCUUAAACCAUUGUUUCACCAACUAGACAUCACAGAUGACGCCAGCGUUCGGCGCAUGCGCGACUUUCUGCAGAUGAACUACGGUGGCCUGGAUGUUCUCGUGAAUAAUGCAGCCAUAGCUUACAAGAUGGCCGCCAAAGAACCGUUUUCUAAACAGGUUGAGGUGACCAUGGCAACCAAUUUCUGUGGAACGUUAAACGUAUGCAGGGUUCUGUUUCCAUUACUUAGGCCUCAUGCUAGAGUCGUGCAUUUGUCCAGCAGGUCGGGGUCAUUUACCGCGGCGAGAUGCAGCAAGGCACUACAGACGCGCUUUCUGGAUCCGGAACUGAGCAUGCUCAAAAUCGAACAACUCAUGAACGAAUUUGUCGAAUCCGCAAAAGCUGACAUACACAAGACUAAUGGCUGGCACGAUUCGGCCUACGGCACAACCAAGAUAGGGGUCACACUGAUGACCUAUGUCCAGCAACGAGAGUUCAGCGCCGACAGUCGGCCGGAUAUUGUGGUCAAUUCGUGUUGCCCAGGCUUUGUUGUAACAGAUUUGACCAGUCAGAGAGGAACGAAGACCAUCGACGAAGGCGCGGAUACGCCCCUGUACCUCGCCAUGCUGCCAGCGAACACAACCUCUCCGAAGGGCCAGUUCGUCUGUGAGCGGGAAAUCAAAACCAUGCUUUAAGUGGGGAACAUUCAGGGGAAAAAGCAGAUAACUUUACUCUGUUCGCUUUUCUCACCUGGUUUCGAAUGUGCGACCCUUGGCUGAUCCAAUGAGGAUUUUUUAAACAAAAUCUUUGACAAUUUACCAGUGAAGACUUAAGUUGCAAAUAUUAAGUCACGCAUGUAAAUAUAAGCGUGAAAUAAAAGCUUACGGUAGCAUUUUCAAGGCACUCGCGAAGUGGCAUUUUCAAGGCAUUCGCGUGGUAGCAUUUUCAGAGCACUCGCGUGGUAGUAUUUUCAAGGCAUUCGCAUUGUAACAUUUACAUAGACAGCGAAAAUAAUGAUUUGUUAAAUUUGAAUUUUUGUUUCAAAUAAACGAAUUAAAUUAACUGUGUAUUUAAAAAAGAAUAUUUAUACAAGCUCUACAAAUUUCGCAUUUUUGCUCGAAUGUAAACACUUAUAAACGUUUUCUGCAGGGAUAUACAUACUGUUUAAUGGAUAUUUUAUAACAUUGCAAUUUGACCUGUCUGCAUCUGAGUCGCCCAUA